CCUUCUUCCCCCACAACUUGCCAGCAUUUGUUGUUUUCUGAGUUUUGAGUUGGUGAUGAUGACAGUGUUAAGGGGCUACUUUCAGUCAGUGAUCACACAUUUUAUGUGAGACAGAUUGGAUGGGUUGUGUGUUUUUCUGCAGGUAUGUUGGUUGCACAGGUACAGGGUAGGCAGAGUUAGAUUUAUAACACGGGUUUGUCGUGUGUCAUGUUAAGAGAGUAUGGCAAAGUGAUGGUAAGGCAGUUAAGGUAUACACAGGGGAGUGGUGACAGUGGUUGUCUGUGGAAGUUGAGUUGGUUAGGGAGGGAAAGUAGGUAAAAUACAGUGCAAACAGGACAGGAUCAGGGAAUGGCUUCACAUGUCAUCAUGGGUGUAAAGGGUUGAAGUGGGAUAGAGACCAUUUAGAGAAGAGGUUGAAACAUCUAUAGUCGAUUUUCUUAUGGUUGUUCAUGAGUUCCAGGUGCACAGUGGGAGUUUUCAGGGCAUGGGGAGAGAUACAAGAUGGAAUCACAGUGUUCCCACUCCAGAGCUUAGAACAGAGCCCACUUCACAGCAGGAACUCAUUAAGUACGCACUGGAAGGAUGAGUGACAGAACGUCUGAACUAUUUCCUGUUGUGUGUGCGUAUGUGUGCACUGGUUUAUUGAAGGAGUUCUGGCAAUCGGGUACAGUCAGAGGACUGGCCAGAGUAACCCAUUAGGACUCCAUGGCCCUUCCUCGGGAGCAGGCUGCCGCCUGGAAGCUGUGAGCUAGGAAGUUGUGCGUGCCUGACUUAGCCGCGUGGGGGACCUCGUCCAUAUUUCAGCUGGGUUUAAAGGAAGUUGUGCUCUCUCCCUACUGACUUCUCCCGCUGCUGGUAUAAAAACAGUUGAUCCUCUGCCUUUGCGGGAAGAGUCUGAAGGCAGUAUGUUUAGAGUUGCUGAGACAACUCUUCCAGUUUCAAAAAUUCCAGAAUAUCCAGCAAACACCCAUGGACAGCCACCUUCUCCGCAGUAUACUCUAUCUUUCUGGCAUCCCUCUCGUCGAAUUCAGGGAUCUCUAAGAGAUCCAGAAUUUCAACAUAAUGUGGGAAAAGCAAAGAUGAACAAUUUCCAGUUACCUCAGCCUGAAGCCUUUAAUAAUGAAGAUGAGGACAGAUUGUCCGAGAUUUCUGCUCGCUCCGCAGCUUCUAGUCUCCGGGCUUUUCAAACUCUGACACGGGCUCAGAAAAGGAAGGAGAAUUUCUGGGGCAAAACAUAAACCUAUCUUGAGUUUGUUUUCUUAUGCACAGAACCAUUGGCAUAAUUUUCCUUAAUUGAUCACUAUGUUAGGAAUUUUUGAGUGAUUGAAUUUUCUUCUGGUAUUUCCAAGUUAAAUUAUUUGAUUUUUUUCAUUAGAUCGUUUUACUUGGAAAAUUUUAGCUUACACAAAUUUAACUUCUAAAAAAUUCUUUUAUGUCUCUCCCCAAAUACAAAGGUAGAGAUUAUGUAGUUCUUCACAUGUUCUUUCUUCUGUAUUAGGGGUUGGGGAUAGCUGGGAGAGUUGUGAAUUUCUCCUGUCCUGAGAAUAUUCUGAAGAGAUGAAGUGAAGUGAAAAAUUAAGAUCCAAAUGUGGAGUAUGUAUUCCUCUAAGACUGGUUCUUUGUAUCUUUGUAGACAUAAAAUGAAUUUUGUUGUCUCUUUAACUUUGCUUUAGUGUUUCUUUAUUUUUGUACCUUCUAUAUAUGGAUGCAGCAUUAUUUAAGAUAAUUGUACUUUGAAAUUACCAGCUGUAUAUAUUUUUCUUAUUUAUGUAACACAGUUUGGUGAGAGAAUAUGUAUAUUUUUGAUCUUUGUGUGUAUUCUAUUUGUAUAAUAACUUUGGCUUAGAUUUAAAUAAUGUCUGGAUUUUGAAAAAUUUGUAUAAUGGAAGACUAAAAUUUUGUAGAUGUUUUAAAAUAAAAAUUGUUCAAGUGUGUUUGUCUUCUCUAGAAGGUUAUUGUAUGGAACAGGUUAAUCAAAAGUUAUAAUACCAUUACAACUGUAAAAAUGCAGUGCGACUAAAUCUACAACUUUUUAUAUAAAUGUAGGACAAAUAUGGAAUUUUAAAAGCAGGCUCAUUUUAAAAAAUUUAACACACAUUUUGAUUAUAUUCACUCAUAGGACUUUCCAUGGUCUUACUCUGUUUUUACAAAUCACAAUAAAUUUAUUUCUAAAAAUAGGGAUUUUUUAUAAAACAUAAGAUUUUUACAAUAAUACAUAAAAAGUACUGAAAAUAAAAUAUAAAGAAUAUUAAUGCUUCUAAAGUGCUUAAUUUGGUCAAAAGUGCUUUUACACAUCAUUGGUUCACAAUAAGUUUGUUAAAGAUCUCAUGUGAGGUUGUAAAGAAUUAUAGACAUACAAAUAUUUGCUUAUAUUCCACUGACCUUUUAAAAUAAUUUAUUCAUAAAGAAACUUAUGGAGACACUAAACAUGGAAAUAAAAGUUUGGAAUUGUGGAAUAAUUGGAUUUUAGAACAUAAAUUGGCUUCUAGACAAUUGUGUUCUGAGCCAUAUUGGUUGUAAAAUAAUUUUGGAACUGGCUGUCCCUGUAGAAGCUUUGAGAUAGUAACCAUUUUCCUUUUAAGAAGUUCAUUAGUUUAGUUGGCUAGGACAGUUUUCAGUGACUUCCUGUCUGUGGUAAAGAAAUUACAACAAACUUUUAGGGUCUUAACUCACAGUCCUACGUUAAAGUACAGACUGAUAUCUGGGUGUACUUAUUGUAGUGAAUCACACACGAACUUCAUCUACCAGUUAUUAGACUAGAGUAUAGUUUUCAUGAGACAAGGUCGUGAUCCUAGUGUCUUUCUUAUCUCAUGAUUUAACUGUACAGUAUACUACUGACUACCUCUAUCUUAAUAACUCAGUGGUCCAGGUGGAAAAUAGUGUUGAGGAAUCAUUACUGUUUGAUCAUGUGUACUAGAGAAUAAUUUGAAGGACAUAAAUUUGAGUUGAUGGGUAUUCUUGAUAACAUGGGAACUGUCUCGUGAGAUUUGCUAGUAUUGAGGAACUGAUUGCUAAUUCAGUUUGUACCAAUUUUAUGUAUAAUUGGGAAUGUUAAAUAUUAUAGCUCACUGAGUUUGGACACAUGUAUGCAUCUGUGAAGCCAUACCACAAUGAAGAUAUACUUCCAUCACCCUGAAAGCAUUGGCAUUUCCCUCUACAAUCAAUCUCUUUUCAUCCCUAUUCCCCAGGGUAGCUGUUAAUUUGCUUUCUGUUGGUAAUAUUAACUUGGAAAAGUGUUACAAAGAUGAAAUCAUCUUUUGUGCCUAGCUUUUGCUUAGUAUAUUUUUUGAGAGUCAUUCUUGUUUCAGUGUGCAUGUUCUCAUUUAAUCACCCCACUGGUGGAUUUUUGUGUUGUUUGGCAGUUUGAGACCAAAAUGAAUAAAACUGCUGUUCAUAUUUGCGAA